GUAACGUGUUCUGGAAGGCUGGGGGACACCUCACUCCUGAUCGUUUUGUUUUUUUAAUACAAUCUAUGUUAAUAAAUGGUGUUUUUAGUGAACCGUUGACGCGGUGGGCGGCGGCGUAACAUCCAGUUCUUUAAGAAGCGGCGCGUUCUGUUGAGUAAAACAAGGCGGACCUCGUUUCUGUUAGAAAUAAAACCGUUUUUCGGGCUGAUGUUACUCUAAAUCAUAAGGAAACGCCUUUAUAUCAUCACACAAGAUGGAUCUGUGGUUACUUUUUAUAGCGACGCUGUCAGCGGUCCUCUGUGGCAGCCGGGCACAGCAAGAGGGGAGCAUAUGCAUCAAGGCCAACGCGCAGUCGUGUGGGGAAUGCAUCCAGGUCGCCGAGACGUGUGGAUGGUGCGCUGAUGAAAAAUUCCUCACUGUGGGCGAGUCCAAGUCGGCUCGCUGUGACGAUCUGGAGUCCCUGAAGAAGAGGAAUUGUGCCGUGACCAAAAUUGAGAACCCACGCGGAAGCAUUACAGUCGACAAGAACAAGACGGUCACCAACCGCAACAAGGACACGGCCGAGAAACUGAAGGCUGAGGAGAUCACCCAGAUCCAGCCCCAGAAACUCACCCUGACACUCCGAUCUGGUGAGCCUCAGACUUUUAAGCUGAAAUUCAAGCGUGCUGAGGACUACCCCAUUGACCUCUAUUACCUUAUGGACCUCUCCUACUCCAUGAAAGACGAUCUGGAAAACGUCAAGAACCUCGGCACCGACCUCAUGAAGGAAAUGCAGAAGAUUACCUCAGAUUUCCGGAUUGGUUUCGGCUCCUUCGUGGAGAAGACGGUCAUGCCUUACAUCAGCACCACGCCAGCCAGGCUCCUCAACCCCUGCACGGGGAGCCUGAACUGCACCAGCCCCUUCAGCUACAAGAACGUCCUGAAGCUGACGGACAAGGGAAGCGAGUUCAACACCCUGGUCAGUGAGCAGCAGAUCUCAGGGAACCUGGACUCUCCGGAGGGGGGCUUCGAUGCCAUCAUGCAGGUGGCGGUCUGUGAGGACCAAAUCGGCUGGAGGAACGUGACUCGUCUGCUGGUGUUCUCCACCGAUGCCGGCUUCCACUUCGCCGGAGACGGCAAACUGGGCGGCAUCGUCCUUCCCAACGAUGGCAAAUGCCACCUGGAGAACAACAUGUACACCAUGAGCCACUACUAUGACUAUCCCUCCAUCGCACAUUUGGUUCAGAAACUGAGCGAUCACAACAUCCAGACCAUCUUUGCUGUCACUGAGGAAUUUCAGCCUGUUUACAAGGAGUUGAAAAAUCUCAUUCCUAAAUCAGCCGUUGGCACGCUUUCCUCCAACUCCAGCAACGUCAUCAAACUCAUUAUUGAUGCUUACAACUCUUUGUCAUCUGAGGUCAUUCUGGAAAACGGCAGGCUGCCAGAGGGAGUCUCCAUCACCUACAAGUCCAUCUGUAAGAACGGUGUGGAGGGAACGGGGGAGAACGGCAGGAAGUGCUCCAACAUCUCCAUCGGAGACGAGGUGUUCUUCCACAUUUCCAUUGGGACCCAGAAGUGUCCAUCGCACGGCAAGCCUGAGGUCAUUAAGAUCAAACCCCUGGGCUUCACCGAGGAGGUGGAGGUCGUCCUGAACUUCAUCUGCGACUGUCAGUGCGCCGCUGAAGGAGAGCCCAACAGCCAGCAAUGCCACAACGGGACCUUUGAGUGCGGAUCCUGCAAGUGUAACGAGGGACGUAUCGGGCGUCUUUGCGAGUGUAGCAGAGACGAGGUGCGGACGGAGGACCUGGAUGCCAACUGCCGAAAAGACAACGGUACGGACAUCUGCAGCAACACCGGCGACUGUGUGUGCGGCACCUGCGAAUGCAAGAAGCGUGAGAAUCCCACAGAGAUCUACAGCGGCAAGUUCUGCGAGUGCGACAACUUCAACUGUGACCGCUCCAACAACAAGCUCUGCGGAGGACACGGCCGCUGUGAGUGCAGGAAGUGCAUCUGCGACGCCAACUACACAGGCAGCGCCUGCGACUGCUCCCUGGAGACCGCCACCUGCCUCGCCAAGAACGGGCAGAUCUGCAACGGCCGCGGUAAUUGUGAAUGUGGGAUCUGCAAAUGCACCGACCCCAAAUUCCAGGGUCCAACCUGCGAGAUCUGCCCCACCUGCCCCGGCGUCUGCGCUGAGCACAAAGAUUGUGUGCAGUGCCGAGCGUUCGAGUCCGGCGAGAAGAAGGACACGUGUGAGCUACAAUGCAGCUCUUUCCAGCUGAUCAAGGUGAAGGAUCGCGACAAGCUGCCCCAGCCGACCGACCAGAGCUUCCCGCUGACCCACUGCAAAGAGCGAGACGCCAACGACUGCUGGUUCUACUACACCUACGCCGUCAGGAACGACACCAAGGAGGUGUACGUGGUGGAGACGCUGGAGUGCCCGGCAGGACCCGACAUCAUCCCCAUCGUGGCAGGCGUGGUGGCCGGCAUCGUGCUGAUCGGCCUCGCCCUGCUGCUCAUCUGGAAGCUGCUCAUGAUCAUCCACGACCGCCGAGAGUUCGCCAAGUUCGAGAAGGAGAAGAUGAACGCCAAGUGGGACACGGGGGAGAAUCCGAUCUACAAAAGUGCCGUAACAACCGUCGUCAAUCCAAAGUACGAGGGCAAAUGAUGGAGCUUCGCCCUCCUUGUGACAACACUGUAUGGAAAAGAAUCUGGGC